CCAUUUGACGGAAAUAACUAUGUUGAUCAUCUAAAUUCAUGCCCUAAAAACAACAACUCUCUAAAAAUCUCUCUUCAGUUGUAGCGUAUCUCACACAGCAACAAUGGCGGCAAUCUCCGGUUACUCUUCUCCGAUAGCGUCAGACAAGGCCUCUCUCUCAUCCUCACGUUCGAUUUCCUCCGGUCUCCAUCUCCGGCAAUCAACGCGGUUCCCCCGAAAAUUUUCAGGAAUUUCCGUGUCUUCUCCGGGGAGCUUUCCGGCUCUCCGGAGACGGUUCUCGUGUCAGGCCUCCUCCGCUACUUCGCCACCUUCGCCGUCCGUCAAUGGCCAAGAUCUGAAGGAUUUUCUGCACAUUAGUGAUUUUGACAAAGCCACUAUUUUGAAGAUCUUAGGCCGGGCUUUAGAAGUCAAGGCCUUGCUCAAAUCAGGAGAGAGGACAUUUCUCCCAUUCAAGGGGAAGACAAUGGCAAUGAUCUUUGCAAAGCCAUCCAUGAGAACACGGGUUUCUUUUGAGACUGGGUUUUUCUUGCUUGGAGGCCAUGCAAUAUAUUUGGGGCCUGAUGAUAUUCAGAUGGGUAAGCGGGAGGAAACUCGUGAUGUCGCUCGUGUUUUGUCUGGCUAUAAUGACAUUAUCAUGGCACGUGUCUUUGCUCAUCAGGACAUUCUUGACCUAGCUAAACAUGCAACUGUCCCUGUCGUUAACGGCCUGACGGACUACAACCAUCCUUGCCAGAUAAUGGCAGAUGCCCUCACUAUUAUUGAACAUAUCGGCCAGUUGGAAGGAACCAAGGUCGUCUAUGUAGGAGAUGGAAAUAACAUUGUGCACUCUUGGUUAUUAAUGGCAGCAGUUAUCCCCUUCCAUUUUGUUUGUGCAUGUCCUAAAGGUUUUGAACCAGAUGAGAAAACAGUUGAGAAGGCACGAAAGGCUGGAAUCAGUAAGAUCGAAAUAACUAAUGAUCCAAAGGAAGCUGUUAGAGGAGCCGAUGUUGUCUACUCAGAUGUGUGGGCCAGCAUGGGGCAAAAAGAGGAAGCUGCCCAUCGACGUCAAGUGUUUCAAGGCUUUCAGGUGGACGAAAAUCUUAUGAAGUUGGCAGGCCCAAAGGCUUUCUUCAUGCAUUGUUUACCAGCAGAAAGAGGAGUGGAGGUGACUGAUGGAGUUGUUGAAGCUCCAAAUUCCAUUGUUUUCCCACAAGCUGAGAAUCGGAUGCAUGCACAGAAUGCUAUAAUGCUUCAUCUGCUUGGCUUGUAAUUGCAAAUUAGCCCCAUUUGUUGAAGCGGCUAAACUAUAAAUUCGCAAUCGUGUUUUCAGGUUGAAUUUUGGGGGUUAAAACGUAUUUCCAAAAUGGUCUUUUGCUUUCUUCCAAAGCACUGUUCGAACGUUGGAACUUAAAAAUAAUAUUGUGGUUUGCAGUUUGCACUGCACUUCAA